UGCGAGUGCGCAUGGCCCUUUAAGAAGCACAGGCGCCACAGCUAUGAUGAAACCACGGUAUGUGGGAUUAUGCAGAGAAUGGAGGAGAAAGCGCUUGUGUGGUGGCACAAUUUGGGUUGAUUAUAGAGCCUUUGCCCUUUGACUCGGGGUGGAUCUGUUUGCAGGAGGCAGUUCCUGAUCUCGCGCAAGCAAUUGGCUGUGGUUGAACUUGUGCAUGUGUGUAUUUUCGCUAACCUCUUUCUCUCCAUGCAUUUUAAAUACAAAAAUGCAGGCGUGUGAGUACAGGGAACUAGUCACAGCGCGGCUUUCACCGUGUUUGAAGAUUAACAAGGCCAUUCAUUAGAUAUAGACACUCCACUGCAGCGGGUCCGGCAAGGAUCGUACUGUCAAGCGCAACAUUCUGAACCGAGUCAGAGAACGCAGUGGAGCUUUUCCUACAGCGGUGGAUCGGUGAAGAGGGCAUAGUCACACAUCACGGGAACAUGGGAGAAAAGAGGAUCUCGCGCUGGUAUUUCGGAGGCAUCGCCUCUUGCGGCGCCGCCUGCUGCACGCACCCACUGGACCUUGUCAAGGUGCACCUGCAGACACAGCAGGAGGUGAAGAUGAGGAUGGUGGGGAUGGCCAUGCACGUGGUCCGGAACGAUGGCUUUCUGGCACUGUACAAUGGGCUCAGCGCCUCCCUCUGCAGGCAGAUGUCCUACUCCCUUACACGGUUUGCCAUAUACGAGACUGUGCGGGACAUGAUGGGCGGGGCCAAGCAAGGCCCCAUGCCGUUCUACCAGAAAGUUCUGUUGGGUGCCUUUGGAGGGUUUACCGGUGGCUUCAUUGGGACUCCUGCGGACAUGGUGAACGUCAGAAUGCAGAAUGAUAUGAAGCUGCCACCGGAACUGAGGAGAAACUACGCCCACGCAUUGGACGGUCUGUUUAGAGUCUGGAGAGAGGAGGGCAUUCGGAGACUGUUUUCUGGAGCCACAAUGGCCUCCAGCAGAGGGGCUCUGGUCACCGUGGGACAGCUCUCUUGUUAUGACCAGGCCAAACAGCUUGUCCUGGGCACUGGCUUCAUGUCUGACAACAUUUUCACCCACUUCCUGUCCAGCUUCAUCGCAGGAGGUUGUGCCACUGUUCUCUGUCAGCCUCUGGACGUGCUGAAGACGAGGCUCAUGAACUCUAAAGGAGAAUACAGCGGGGUGGCACACUGCAUGAAGGAGACUGCAAAACUGGGACCCCUGGCCUUCUAUAAGGGUCUUGUUCCAGCUGGAAUUCGACUGAUCCCUCACACGGUGCUGACCUUCAUCUUCCUGGAACAGCUGCGCAAUAACUUUGGCAUCGUCAUCGUCUCCUAAGCACGAGCAGUGCCCCGCCCAACAUUGCCCUCUGAUUGUUCAAGAUGCGUCUGGGACAGCAGUGACCACGCCAAUUUCCCCUGUCCUGCCCCUCCCUGCACUGGAUGUCCCACUAAAGUGGAUGUCCACAUUUGGACUGAAUACAAAAAAUACGUUCAGGCCCAAUACAGUCACACACACACACACCAAAAAACACACAUGCAGGCACACACUCCGCUCCCACCCGCACGCGCACACACUGGCUCCUCCCACAGACCGAGUCCAUGAGCCCUCUGUUUCCCAGACUCGUCAGCUGGAAAAAGCGUUGGGUUCUUUGCCUGCAUGUGGAGGUGUGGAGGUGUGUGGGGGAGAUCUCCCUCUCUCUCCUGCUCAUUCCAGUAAUCCUGUACUGUGAACCCCCGCCCCCUCGGGUAGAGAGGAGUUCAUUCAUCCUGCUAGAGUGUGAGCUUGUGCAUUAUCCGAUUCGCACGUCUGCCCCAUUAAACGGCCGCCAAUGCUAGGCGCACUGCGCUGAAAUGGUCAGAAGCUUACGGUCCGACGAUGACCAAAACAGCCUCAACAUGGAACCCGCUGCCAUUUUGUGUCUCUUCAGCACCGGCGUCGCCGCGGCAGCAGGGCUCUCGUUUCUGUCCGGUCGUUUCUGUGGGACUGACGGCAUGUUACGCAGCGCUGAGACCAGGCCUCCGCCACGGACCGCUUUUUAAAAAGCGCUGUCCUGGCCGCGUGGUCCCUACGCAGGAAGAGGGAAUAUGGUGUAACACCGAUGACCACACCACGACCCCCCACCCCUACCCCCCCCCCCACACACACAUUCCUUCUGCUUCCUCUUGCGCUCUUAGAGGAUCUUCCGAAAUUGGGUGUUGCAUCAUGGCGAACAUGUGGUCCAAGUUGUGACUGUGAGACCAGAUUUAACCUGGAGAGUAGGGACGCACAGCUUAUAACCUUCUAGAGCCAGGGGUGCUGUGUGUGUGUGGGUGUGUGUGUGUGUGCCCGUGUAUGUGAAUUUUCUGCACAGGCAGAAGCUGAUUUCAAUCGAGGAAACACUUUAUUUUGUGUUUAUGCGUGUGUGUGUGUGUGUAUGUGUGUGGAGACACGAGAGAGAGAUUGGAAAUUAAGCAGUGUUGUAAUGGUCACACACAAACACAGUGCAUCCUAUACCCGAGGCAAAGAUAACUAUCUUAAACAAUUAUUGCACUAAAUGAAGAUUUCAAAAAAAUGAAUAAUUCCAGAGUAAUUCCAUCAGUCCCUCAGUUUUCUCCUAUGCCCUUGUUAUACUUUGGCCAGUAGAGGGCAGUAUGACACUGCGAGUCGUGUGUGCGUGUAUGUGCAGUUUGCAUUUUCUGCAGAUGUCUGAUUUCAGUAGAGGAGGAAACACUGUAUUUUGUGUUUAUGCUACAAUGGCACAAUGCUCUUAACUAAAGCCUGUUUUUUGCUGUUAUUUUUAUGGACCACUUGUUAUUCUUACAGAAGAGACAGACUCCACAAAGUUUUAUUUUGCAAGAAACUGCAAUGGUUUUCAUUUAAAAAAAUGUUUUAUUUUAAAUAACCUUCAUCAUAAAAAUCAUAAUGUGACAUACUAAGGAAGUUGCUCUAAUAGCUUUAAUAUAAUUUAGUUUUACAAACAGGGUGUAGUACUUGAAAUGGAGCAAUUGUCCGCAGUAUAUGACUGGAUAUAUUUUCACAAUAUAUAGAAUUUUUGUUCUUUGAAAAUUGGGGUACUUUUCUUAAUAUAAUUAUGGAGUCCAGAGCAGAGUAGAUACCAGACAGUCCUUAAUUUUAAAGCUGCUGUUAUUAGAUUGUAGUUCCUGUGGAUUUUCUCCAGGAGUUUUUAGAGCAUACACCUAGGCCUUGUGUCCCAGUGGCGACACAAAUUUAUUUGUCAUUUCCUGUUUAGUUGCACAGAUGAUUAUCUUUUUUGUUCAAUAUUAACCGAUUUUGAAAUGGUUUGUCGUGUGAAAUUGUUAUUUGAAGCUCUGUCACCAGGUCUUGUGAGAGGGUGCUGUUAUGACUAGACUCAAGUGCACUGCAUAGUGACAGAUGGGCAUUUGGAGCAGUGUUCAGUUUUUCAGUAUCUACUACUUUAUGCAAGUUUAAAUAAAAGUCUUCAUGACCAAAAAAGUGACACCGUUUCCAAAUUAGAGCAAUGCAAUAUUGAGGUACUACAUUCUUUGAAAUCCAGUGAAAAUCAAUAUGUAAUUUAAUCAGAUAAAUGUCUUUAUGAGUGCACCUGUGUGUGCACGGUUGCAUGCAUGCGCGCAAGUGUGUGUUGGAGCACGUAUGUGCUGACUUGGUCUUCACACUUAUGCUGCUCUUACAUCCUGCAAGUUCCCGUUGGGUCUAAAUGUGUUGUGGCGGCUGCACCAGGGUAUAGCAGAUCUGAAUGAUUAAUGGGGACUCCACCAGGGUAUACCAGGUCUGAAUGAUUUAUGGGGACUAGACCAGGAUAUACCAGGUCUGAAUGCUUUAUGAGGACUCUACGGAGGGUCCAAUCUGUAGGUCACAUGAUCACCACUACAAGUAAAGUGUUCUCCACACUUGAGUGCAACCAAUGCAUAACAGAGAAAUGGUGUGCUGAAUAUCAAGAAGAAAUCUCAACUCUGAAGAUGAUUAAUGCAGAAAAAAAUUAUGCAAUUAAAGUACUAAUGAAAAACUGUU